CGAGAAUUGAGGCAUGCAUUCGCGCCAGUGUGGCGUUCACUCAGUUCAACGGUUUGGGGUUCAGUGGGGAUUGGCCAUGUGGGACUCCGGAGAGGGCAGAGGGAAAGGGCGUUCAAGGUUUACCAAUAGAUUUGGUACCUAGUGAAUGCUAUCCGAGCAAGGAAAUGGGGAGGGCGGCCAGGUCAGGAGGCGAGGCCCUGUGCAGGUGUUAGCCAGGUGCAUGCCUGGUGGUGCGUUUAGCAGCAUUGCGUUGCUUUGUAUGAUGUCGUGAAAGCAGACAGCCGUGUAGGUAAUGUCGUUUCCAAGAAGUUUGCCCAGCAUAGUGCACAAGGGUGAACAAGGGUUUGUGUCUGCUGAACAAGGAUUCCCGUCAGCGUUUAUGCAUAGCAAUUAACCGCGAAAGGCCUGUUGAACUUGUAAGCAGGAUAAGGCUGCAUUGGGCAGUUGUGGAAGAAGGGCGUCAUGUUCAAGAACUUUUGUAGACGACAAACGCCUCUGUACAAAGUUUAGGAGCAGCAACUGUGGACAAGGUGAAAGAUAGGCCGUGGUCCAUUGAGCAGCGGGACUGCGUCUGCAGAGAUUGCUCUCUCUGAUAAAGAGGUGGAAGCCGCUGGCAUGCAGGCGGUCAGCAAAGAUUGCUUUUGCUGAGAAUCCUACUUUGGGUUGAACAAGCUCCUCGAAAAACGGCAGAGUUUGUUCAGGAAGAAGGGUCUGUUUGGGCGCUGCGUUCACAUGUCACGCCUGCCUCUUCUAAUCGGGAAUGUCGUGGAUUCUAAGAAGGGUGGUUGACAGCAAGGAGUAAACGCCACAACCUGCAGCAGCUAUCAUCACAGCGGUAUUCAUUGUACUUUCUUGCAAGCCGAUAAUAAAAAAUAAACCGACAAGAUUGUGACAAAGUGGUGGGAAAGUAGGCGUCAUGUGGUAAAAGAGGGGGCCACAUGGCAAAUGCAAAGCAGCUUUUGGGGCUGCUGGUGGUGGUCUUGUGCACUGGCGUGGCAUCAGCCCAGGGCGCUGCGCCGCUGCCACCCUCCGAAGUGGCGGCCAUCUUCAGCAUUAGGCAAAAAUGGCUGGGCAAUCCUGUGGUGUAUACAUGGAACGGGCAGGACCCGUGCAAUCUGUGGAACGGGGUCGUUUGCUUCCAGGACCCGUUUACAGGCAGCAACAAUAUUGUAGGACUGAGCCUUGCAAAUGCAAAUGUACCUGGGCCGAUCCCUCCCGAGGUCGGCAAUUUCAGCCGGCUAAACUCUCUCGUCCUCACCAAUAAUAGGUUCACAGGGACCAUCCCCCCUGAACUGAGCAGCCUGUUCUACCUCAAGAAGAUGCUGCUGAAUAACAACCAGCUGACAGGGGGCAUCCCAAGGGAGUUCGGGCUGCUUCCUGGACUCACCAUCCUCAACAUAGACAACAACCAGCUGACCGAGCCACUCCCAGUGGAGGUCUUCACAAUCACAGAGCUCCGUCAAUUCUCGGUGGAGAACAACCAGCUGUCCGGCAGCAUUCCGGGCCAGCUACUCGGGGCGAUAAACCUCCAGGCCCUCAACCUGAAGAGCAACCGGUUGAACGGCAGCAUUCCGACCCUCCUGGGUAACCUCACCCAGCUGCAGAGCAUCGAUCUGAGCAGCAACAGCCUGACCGGAACCAUUCCUGCCUCCUUGGGCAACCUGCAAACCCUGACGUUCCUGUCCCUGGCUAAUAACCGACUGUCGGGGCAGAUCCCACUGGCGCUUGCCAACGUGCUGAGUCUUCAAUCACUAUGGCUCUUUAACAACACUCUCACUGGGACUAUUCCAAGUCAACUGCAGUUCGUCCCGGACUUCAGGGCGUUUGGUAACCGACUUACGGCCCCCGCUCCCGCAUCCGCCCCCUCCCCCGGGCAGCUACUCCCCGGGGCUCCUGCCGCGGUCUGUUCUCCGGGCACUUCCGUCGCCUGCGCAUGCCCGCAAGACGCGGGUGGGGUGGCGAACACCGGGCUGCAGUACUGCAACGGCAACGGGUCCGCGCGCAGCUCGUGCAUCUGCCAGCCGCAGCAGUGCCGCACGUGCCCCCUGGGCCAAACUGCACGCCCCGUUCCCGCUGGUGCGGCCUGCCCUUCCGAGUGCCUGACGCCCCUGGUGGUCCUGCUGCGCAUCGUGAACCUGACCAUGGCGGACUUUGAUAACGCUACCGCCACGCAGUUUCGCUCCGUGCUCGCACAGCAACUAAGCCUGAGCCUGGAUCAGGUCGCCCUCCUGCAAAUCGCCCCGGGCAGUGUCAUUGCCACUGUGGGCUUCCUUCCCCCCUCGAACGCCAACGCCACGUCACUCGACCCGCAAAUCUCCUCACGCAUCGCAACCGCCCUCCUCUCGCAAAGUGUCAAUCUCGGCGCCGCGUUCACCCCUUACCAGACCCUGACGGUCCUCCCAACCGUUGACACCACCACUCCUGGCCCGACGCCGAUCCCGGCGGCGCCAGUCGUGGUUAGGGUUAACCAGACUAACUGGCCCUGGGUUGUGGCGCUGCUCGUGCUGUCGAUUGCGCUACUCAUUGGAGUCUGCGCCAUCGUAGCCUGGUGCUUCCUAACCGGCCGCUGCGCCCCCCCCGCGCGUCACGGCCCCUCCCCCCCGCACUCGCGCCGCUUCCAGCCGCUCCUCACCAACGACCCCGACUCCCUCGCUCUGAGGGGGGCGUCCCAGAAGACUUCUCGCGCUCUGGCGGUGCGCCCCCCCCUGAUGCCGUACGUUGACAUGCCCCCCUCCCGCUCCCGUUCCCAUUCCAGCAACCCCCUGCUAGAGCAGCGGUACUCGGAACCGCGGUCAGGGCCGGUUUCCGGGGCGAAGCGGCUCGUGGAGGCGGAGCGGGAGCCGCACUCGUGGAGCCCGGCCGGUGUGAAUGAGCCCCCCCAGAGAGCGAACGUCGGCAAGUCGCUCUUCCAAGAGGGGAUCAGGCGCACUGGUGAGGAGGUCGCCUUCGAGCCCCCCAUCCGCAAGGUCCCGGUCAAGAUUACGUCAUUCCCUCCGCCAGAAGCGCCCGGUAGACCGACAACCGACCUCGCAGUUCCCGCUUCGAUAGGCAUGACGCAGCUCGGGGGCCAACUAGCGGGGCCUUCGUUCCUGAACCAGCCCGCAAUGCGCCCCGCCGUCACGACUCCCCCGGAGUCGGCGGUUUUGAGUAACGUGGGCGCGAAGGAGAUCCCGCUUGCGGUGUUGCAGACUGCCACCGACAACUUCAGCGAGGCCAACUGGGUAGGAACCGGGGGCUUUGGCCUGGUCUACCGGGGCGUUCUGCCCGUGUCGCAGUGCCCGGAGAAAGUGCGCGGGAAAAAGCCAACGCAGGAUCUAGAGGUGGCCGUCAAAGUACUGGACGUCGACACGACGCUGUCGGACCAGCGGUUCAAGACGCAGAUGGAGCUGCUGGGGCGGUUAAAGCAUAAGUAUCUGGUUGAGCUGAUUGGGUACUGCAUGGAGGGCAACGUGCGCAUGCUGGUGUACGAGUUCAUGGCGUUCGGCAGCCUGGCAGACCACUUGCACGGGCCGCGCCCUGGGCAGCCGCAGUUCCACCAUCUAGUCGAGCUGACGUGGCGCCAGCGGAUGCGGAUAGCUUAUGGGUCGGCACGGGGCCUCAAUUACCUGCACACGCCAGAGGCCCCCGCCGGAAGCUCCCCUUUGGUGAGCCCCUUCCCGGGGCGCAAGAAGAAGCCGAUCGUCGUGCACCGCGACCUGUCCACCAGCAACAUUCUGCUGGACGACAACAUGCAGGUGCGCGUGGUGGAUUUCGGGCUGGCGCCUCUCAUGCUGACGUCACCCUCGGAGGCGGGCGACAGCGCGGGCAAGCGCAGGGACGCAGACGAGACCCCCACGCCGUCCGAGGUCGCAACGCCCGCGCAUCGUAGCGCCUUGGCAAGCCCGGGCAUGCGCAGUGGGGCCGCAUCUGAAGGCUACGCGUCGCCCGCCUCCCCCUCGGUGGGCUGGACCAGUCCCAAGAGCGACGUGUUUGCAUUUGGCAUCGUGCUGUUGGAACUCAUCACGGGGAGCCCCCCGCUCGACGAGACGCGCAGCGAGAGCCAGCAGCACAUCAUCGCAUGGGCAAAGCCCCACCUGGCCAACCGCGAGACGCUGACCGAGAUCGUGGACCCGAAGCUCGGUAACAGAGCGCCUCUGGUAGAGCUUUACCAGGUCGCCGCCGUCAUCUCCAUGUGCAUCCAGCCCGACGAGACCGUCCGCCCGCCCAUGUCCACCGUCGUGCAAAUGCUCGCGCCGCUGUCCGAAGCCCCUGACCCCGACGCGCCUUCGGAGUCCGGCCGGCCGGAAUCCGGCUGGAGCGGGUCGAGCGGAACCGGGACGGACCGAGGGGCCGAGAGCAGCGGAAGCUUCCGGUCCAGGGGGUUCGGGAGAGGGACGGACUUUGGCUCUGGGAGGGGGGGUGGGCCGUUCCCGCCGGGAGGGGGGGGUCCGUUUCCCCCAGGCGCCGGGGGGGGUGUCGUAAGGCCGCUCAUUAUGACGCGGCCGGCGGGAUAUCAGGAAUAUGUGACGCCAGAAAACGCGGAGGGGCUGCAUCCGGUGCAUAUGUCGCCCGAAAUAAGGCCUGCGGACCGUCCGACGAAUCUGUGGAGCGUCCGCAUGCCCGAGUACCGCAUCCCGGUGGAGGUGCUGGAGCAGGUGGCGCGCUCGCGUGAUGCGCGCGCGGAGAAGGAGAAGGAGCCCUGGUUCCGGAGAGAGAGGAAGGGGAAGCCGCGACCGCCGUCCAACAGCAGCAGCGAGAGCUCAAGUUCGGACCGGACGGACCAGUUGACUCCAGACAGCGUCCUGCGAGGGUCAUGGAGCCGGCCACCGCAGCGGAAGCAUGGGUCGCACCAGCAAGGGAGCCAGAACCCCGCCCCAGUUGGGCCGAUUGCUGACGUGUCGCGGGCGCAUACGAGUGUCAGCAUGACGUUCGCCCCCGAGAGCGAGCCUUCGACCGACUUCGACGGUCGGGAACGAUUACUGGAUGACGUUCCUGAAGACAGUGGUGGUUUCGUCGAUCAGCCCCGAGGAAACCGGACCGUGGGUACUCCCCCGGGGAGUCAUUCCCCGGGGUCCAGAAGCCGGGGGGACGAGAGCCCGGGGAAGAGGAAGCGGGGGCCGGAGAAUUCAGCGGAUCGGAGGGCACGUGUGAGGAGUAAAAGCCAAGGCUCGUGACCAUGAGCGGUUGGGGCUGGGAUGAGAAGGGUGAAUAAGAAUAGAUAUGCGAGAUGAACGGUUGGCCCUGGUAACUGCUCGGAGAUCCGGAGUGGUGCCAAUGCUUGCAAUAAAGUAAAGGUGUUAGACGUUAGCGCUUUUCUUGCGGACUGAUAUCAUGCUCAUCAGAGCUACUGGAUGCGGAGGUCAUUGCUACUGUAGACACGCAUGCUCGUUUACCGCGGCGAUCUGCCAUAAGCGAGGAGCUUUCCGGAUGUUUUGGAUAGAAUUCAGAAGCAGGCGAAAAGUGUGCCGUUGAGAGACGACGGUGGCUGUUUCGGUUUUCCAGGUUUUCAAGGAGAGGGUGGCGGCAGCUAGGACAGAAUGGAUUAGUGUUAGCGAAUGGGUACAAUACCACGUGUGCCGUCAUGCUGUUGCAUGAGAAACACCGAUGGUAGAUACGGUAGUGACAGUCAAGCUGAUUUUAUCUGCAUGCAUAGAGUUUUGGCAUAUAUGCUAUGCCAGCUAUGAAGAAGAUGAAGGUGGCAUCAACUCGAGUUGAG